CAGAGGAUACACCGGUUUUCGUCAUGACUUAGAUAUUUUCCCUCAUUUUCCCGAGAAAAACCACUCUCCAUUGUGCUUUUUUUCCCCCCCGGGAAAACCGAGUUCAAAAUGAUGAGAAAGAAACUGAACGCGAGAGAGAGUUCAUCGUCGUCUUCAACGGUGAGAGAAGAAGAAACCGAAUGGGAAAUGAGACCAGGAGGAAUGUUAGUGCAGAAAAGGACCGUGAAAACGGAUGCUCCAACCCCCAAUUUGCGCCUCCGAAUCGCGUACGGUGCUCUCCGUUACGAGAUCUGCGUGAGUUCAAUGGCCACUUUCGGGGAAGUGAAGAAGGUUCUGAGUGGGGAAACAGGGCUACAGGUGGAUGAACAGAGAUUGGUGUUCAGAGGAAAAGAACGAGAAAAUGGAGAAUACUUGGACAUGUGUGGAGUCAAAGACAGGUCAAAAUUGGUGCUAAUCCAAGACCCUUCCAGCAUUGAACGACGCUUCAUUCAGAUGCGUAUUAACGCCAAGAUCCAGAAUGCACAUCGCGCAAUCAACAAUGUUGCCGUUGAACUUGACCAGCUCGCAGAACAGGUCUCUGCAAUUGAGAAGUCUAUUUCCAACGGAGUCAAAGUACCAGAAGUUCAAAUCACAACACUAAUUGAGAUGCUUAUGAGACAAGCAAUCAAAUUAGAAAGCAUUUCAGCAGAAGAUGCUUCUACGCAGAAAAAUUUGCAGGGAAAGAGGGUGCAAAAAUGUGUAGAAACCCUGGAUCAACUCAAGGUAUCUAAUGCAAGAAUAAAACCUGUUGUUGUUACAACCAAGUGGGAGACCUUUGAUCAUUCUCCAUCAUCGACCAAGUGGGAAUUAUUCGAUUGAAUUAGCUCCUCCGACCCACCCCCUAAUCUUUUUCAAUUUUUCCCUUCUUUACUCCAAUUUCUUCUCCUUUGUCUAUACGUACUUAGCUUCUUAUUUCGGAACUCAUUCAAUAAGGCUUGCUAUGAUACUAAUAACUAAAAUUUUGCCCAAAAUACAUGUACCUCUUCAAAUGGCAAUUGAAAUAGAAGUCGGAAAUGUUU